CUGCAGUGAGCUGUGAACUAUCAGGGUUUCACCUUGAAAUUUCCAUAAGAAUGGCUUCUUCUUCAACAUCAAAAUCACUAGAUUUAGAGAAGAUGAAUUUGAAAUUGAAAGAAAACCCCUUCAAUUUUGUUGCUGGGGGUUCAUCCUCAUCACUAAAAUCAAAAGAUGUAACCAAAAUGAAGAAUUUGAAGAUUCAAGAAACUGUUGUUACCCCUGAAUCUGAUUCUGAUGAUGAAGCUGCUGCUGGAUCUCCAAUUGUUUUUGGUAGAACUGAGGGAGGUUCUUCUUCUAGUGGGAAGAAGAAAGCAAAAUCACAAAUCAAAAGGAAGAAAGUACAAAUAGAAACAUCAACAGCAACAACAACAAGAAAGAAAACUAGAUUCUCUUCAACCACCACCACCAGCAGCAGCACAUCAUCAUCAUCAUCAUCAUCAUCAUCAUCAUCAACAAUGGUUCAUUUAAGAAGUUCUGAUGGUGAUAUUUUUGAAGUGGAAGAAUCAAUUGCUCUGUUAUCUCAAACAAUUACACAUAUGAUUGAAGAUGGGGUUGUGGCUGGAAAUGUGAUUCCAUUAUCUAACAUUUCAAGUGAGAUUUUGGAGAAAGUGAUUGGGUUUCUUGAGAAACAUGCUGGUGAAGAAGAAGAAGAUAGAGAUGAGAAGGAAAAAGAAGAGCUGAAAAAGUGGGAUGAGAACUUUGCUGAAAAGUUGAAGAAGGAUCAGUAUACCCUUUUUGAGAUGAUUCUUGCUGCUAAUUAUCUGUCUGCUAGGUGUUUGUUGGAUGUAACUUGCCAAGCCUGUGCUGAUAUGAUCAAAGGUAUGCCACCUGAACAGAUUAGAAAGUUUUUCAAUAUCAAGAAUGAUUUUACUCCUGAAGAAGAAGCAGAGGUUAGAAGAGAGAAUCAAUGGGCAUUUGAGUAGUCAUUUCCUUAAAAUCAGUUGGGAUUCAGGGGUUUAUUUCUAGAAAUGACUGAAUCUUAGAGAAAUUUUGGGUUUUAGUUACACCAGUACUAUCUCAGAUUUUAUUAACUUAUUAUGAACUUUUAAUAGAGAUCUCUAAUGAUUUUAUGGGUUUGCUUAUUGAUUCUGUUUUUGGGGAUUUUAUUGAUCUUGACAUUGUUUUGCCCCUUUUCAAUUUCAUACUAAUUGGAAUAAUGUGACUUAUGAAAUAGAGGAAUUAUGAGUCAAUGGAAAUAUGUUUUUGAAGCC